GGAUCCGCAGGAACCAAGCCCCAACAGGGACCUAAGACACCUUGGAUCCCCCGUAGGCGACGCACGACCAUGGCUGCUACCGCUGACGUCAAUGCACAAGCCAGCCCCAAGAGGCCGGUUACCCCUCCGAUCCCAGUUCAGCAGGACGAUGAACCGCUUCUUGCGUUUCUCAAAUGUCUCCAGUUCUACUCGGAGACCACGGCAGUUGAAGUGAGCAAGUGGGAAGAGGAGGAAGCCGCCCGCCAGCAGGAAAUUCAAUGCCAGCUGGCCGAGGCAGAGGCAGCACGUCAGCAGGUCGCAGCAGAAGCUGCAGCAGCCGCACGGUUGCAACAGCAGCAGGUCGAGGCAAGUCAAAACCAAGUUCGUUACCAAGCUACAAUGGAGCUCGCCAACGAAGAACCCACGUACCGGAGGUUACUCCGACAACAACAUUUUCGAGCAAAUGAGGAACAAAAGGAGCCGACCGAGGACGAGAGAAACAAGGAAGCCACAACAUUUUUGAUGGAGAAUCUGCUGUUCACGUGCAAUUGGCAGCAACGUGAACUGCUGGCCAUGCCACAGGUCUUCAUCCGCCACGAAACAACGUUUAAAGCAAUGGACAAGAAGAUCGCUACCCUGCAGGCCGAGAUCAGCACACUACAGGCCGCCAACAACCAGCAGCAGACAAUCAACGACCAGCUGCAGUCCGAUGUCAGCACGGGGUUGACACGACUGUCGGCAGCUCCGUCGACGGGCAGCGCAGUGGCAGACUGCAGCCCAGCCUUGGCCGCGCAGGCCAAGCAACUCGAGGAGCGGAUCAACCACGUGGUCAGCAAUCAGCUGCAGACGCUCAGCGACCACGUUCAGCAACGACCGGCCGCCGUCGCCAAGGAAUGGAAGAGGCCGAACUUCAAGAUCGAGAAGUUCGACGACUACCACAAGACUGAUCCGCUGCAAUGGUGGAUGGCUUUCAACGCGGAGGCGGAUGUACAUCACACUCUAGAACUACGGCAGCUUGACGCACUCUACCUCCAACUCAUCGGAGGGGCGCAGGCUUUCAUAACCCACAUGGCCGUCACGUUGGAAUGCACCAUCGCUACCCUCCACACCAAGAUUACGUGGGAGGAACUCGAGAAGAAGUGGAAGACCCGGUUCAUGGUCAACAACGACAAGCAUCACGCCUUGAACAAGAUCUUCUGCAUGUUUCAAGGCCAGCAACCUUCACGGGAGUGGCUGACGGAGUGGCAAAGACUCGUCGCCACCCCGGAGUUGAACUUACCGUUCGACGCAAUCCGGGCCGAAUUCUUCGCUCGGUCAUGCGACGCCUUGACAACUGCUCUCGGCAGCGAAUUCCAGUAUGAGACCUUUGAUGACAUGAGGCAAGUGAACUAAUCCAAGGUAACCGACGCGCAGCCAACGAGGCCCGCCAACAGCCCAGUUAUGUGGAGAAAGGCAAAGGUCAACGGACGCCGCAAGUAGCAGCAGUCCAACAAGGACCUAGUGAGGACCACGCAACCGUGUCUACAUAAAGUGACGGAGAUGUGGCGGCAGCGAUACCACCGCAACGCUCAAGACCCCGAGGGGGAAAACAAAAGGCAAAACCAGCG